AUGCUCAUCGGUGUCUGCGGAAGUAUCUGCUCCGGCAAAAAGACGGUGGCCCAAUAUCUGGUCGACCACCAUGGCUUCAAACAUCUCUAUCUGCAGCCACCAUCGCAGACAGCGCCUUCCAAUUCCUCGCUUAACUCAGCUUCAGCUUCAUCGGAUGAUCAAGGCACAGAGUCCCAGUCAAAUGACUCUUCAGCCUUCAAAGGCGCUCUAACUUCAACUGCCCUCACCACCAAUAAUGGCCACAACUCAUCCUCUGAAACCACGCUGACCCUCCGGGCUGGUCCGCCGCAUGUCUUUUCCACGCCCGAAGAACUCCUCGACUUUGUCACCAAGCGAUGGCGUAGUCGCUUUGUAACCACCGACAUCCCCACAGAGGCCGUUCUGGACGUCUUUCUACGCCGGCCUUUCUUCUUGCUCCUCUCCGUUGACGCACCAUUGACGGUCCGCUGGCGCCGGUUUCAAGACCGCGCGAGACAAAGGCACGCGGGAGAGCCUGACAUGAGUCUGGAAGACUUUGUCGCGGAGAGUGACAUGCAUUUGUACGACGCUCAGAAGGGCUUGUCUCCCCUUAUCUCGCGUGCUGUGGUGAGACUUCUCAACACCUCAUCGUCCCUUGCGCACCUGUAUGCUACUCUCGGGAAGUUGGACAUCCCGAAUCCUGAUCGUCUACGCCCGUGCUGGGAUACCUACUUUAUGGAAUUGGCGUCCCUCGCUGCUCAACGCUCAAACUGCAUGAAGCGCAGAGUUGGAUGUGUGCUCGUAGGAAAGGAGCGCAGGGUUAUCAGCACUGGUUACAACGGAACCCCAAGGGGACUACAGAAUUGUGCCGACGGAGGCUGCCCUAGAUGCAAUGAUGGCAACAGCUCAGGAGUGGGCUUGUCGACUUGUCUAUGUAUCCAUGCCGAAGAAAACGCCCUUUUGGAAGCCGGACGUGAAAGAAUACGCGAGGGCUCUAUUCUUUACUGCGACACGUGUCCCUGCCUUACGUGCAGUAUCAAGAUUUGUCAGGUGGGCAUCAGUGAGGUUGUCUACGCCCACACAUACAGCAUGGACAACGACACAGCCCGAGUGUUCAGGGAGGCAGGUGUGAAGCUGAGACAGUUCAUACCACCGCCAAAUGGCCUGAUCCAUCUCGAGAAGAUGGAGCUCUACUAG